UACCAAAUCGCAAACCUAGGCAGCGGCCAAGGAAAAACGGAAGAAGGGGAUUGAUUGUCCUCCGACGGUCCGGCCACCGUUGCCGUCGUACCUAAAGGUCUCAAAGACAAACCAAGAGUCUAAGACAGCCACUACCUCCUUUCUCCCAAUUCCCAAAACCCGACAGCCCGCUGCCCAAACUCGACUCGUCCUCUCUUUGAGUCUUUCUCCCGAAACAAGCGACAGCCGUUGGCCGCUGCUUCCUCCUUCUCCGGUCAGUCUCUCAGGUAUACAGCAGCAACAGCUGCCUCAUCCUCCGCCGUCGAUCACACCACCGCCACUCUCUUUGUUUCUCCAUCUGGUGAGUAUUAUUGACUCCUUGUUGUUUUUUGAAAUCAGUCCUAUCUUUGCCGAUGAGUAUUUGCUCUGGAACUGAUUCAUUAUUAUAGCUGGUCUCUCUUUGCAGUUAAGUAGUUCGUUGUUAGCUGUAAUAUAUUAGUUAGCUUCUCGAUGUUAGCUAAAUUUGAUCCACAAUGGUGAUCAAUCCAGACAAUGUUUUUGCUUGUAAAUAGUAAAAACAGAGGGAAUGUGCCUUUCGGGUCAUGGAUCAUGUUGACAGUAAUGGAAUGUACAUCCUUUGAAGUAAUUGUAAAGCUAUAGUUGUGAUUUGUAAACUUUGUUUCCAUGUCACGAGAGCUAGCUGUUUGUGUUGAUUGUAAGCCUAUAAUCGUGGUGUAGAUGUGUGGUUGAUUGGGUGUUAUAAUAUGGCAUUUUACUUUUUGUGAACUAGUAAUGGAUGAGAGGCAUCUUGAGUCUAGGCAUGACCGUCGGGAAGAGAAGGCCGAUCCCGAUGAUUCUCCGAGAUUAGUUGAUGAUUUGGGGCUAAGUGGAGUUGAAAAGUUUAACAAGCAUUAUGGAAGAGAGAAGGAUAGGAGGAGAAGUAGCAGAGGAGAUGAGAAAGACAGAGACACGGAAUAUAGAGCGAAAGAACGAGAUAGAUCUAGGAAGAAUAUUGAUGAUGUUUCAGAUGAGAAGUUCACGAACCAGGGGAAAGAAAAGAGCAAGGAUGUAAAGGGAAAGGAUAAAGAUCAAGACCUGGACAGAUCUGGAGAGGAGCUUGAACGAGAUAAAGAUAAGGACAGAAAAGACCGAGGGAAGGAAAAAAAUAGAGAUAGGGAGAGAGAGACUGAUAAAGAGAGGAGCAAGGAGAAGACUAGAGAUAGGGACCGAACCAAGGAUAAGGAAAGAGAGAAAGAGAAUGACAAGCUUAAGGUUCGUGUGAAGCUUAGGGAAAAUGAUAAAGAUGGAGACAGAGAGAAGGGACGAGAGAAGACAAAAGAAAGAGAAAGAGAAGUAGAUCAAGGUAAAGAGCGAUCAAGGGAUAGAGAUGGGAGCAAAGAUGACUUGCAAGAAGAUCCCAAGAAGGCUAAGGAUGAUAAAAUUCUGGUGGACCGGGAACAUGAUGGACAUAGCAAAGUUUCGUCACGAGGAAAAGUGUCCUUUCUUGACGAAGAGCAGCAAAAUGCUGAUCGCUCUUCCAGUGGAGGACAAACAUCAACAUCUGAAUUUAGGGACCGUAUUAUGAAAAUGAAAGAAGAAAGAACAAAGAAAAUAGAUACUGGUUCAGAAAUCCUGUCUUGGGUAAGCAAUAACCGUAAGCUUGCGGAGAAAAGGAAUGCUGCAAAGGAAAAAGCCAAGCGGCUGUCAAAAAAUUUCGAGGAGCAGGAUAACAUCGGUGAAGAAGGAAGUGAUGGUGAAGAGAAGAGCCACAACCAUUCACAUGAUUUAGCUGGAGUUAAAGUUUUAGAUGGCCUUGACAAGGUAAUAGAAGGUGGAGCAGUGGUUUUGACUCUUAAAGAUCAGAGUAUUCUUGCUGAUGGCGACAUCAAUUAUGAGGUCGAUAUGCUUGAAAAUGUCGAAAUUGGGGAGCAGAAGCGCCGUAAUGAAGCUUACAAGGCCGCGAAGAAGCCGAAGGGCACCUAUGAUGACAAGUUCAAUGAUGACCCUAUGGCAGAGAAAAAGAUGCUUCCUCAAUAUGAUGAACCAGAAGAUGAGGGACUGACCUUGGAUGGUAGGGGGAAUUUCAGUGGCGAAGCAGAGAAAAAACUAGAGGAGUUGCGUAGGAGACUACAAGGUGCUUCCACAAGUAAUCGUAAGGAAGAUCUAAACUCAUCAGGAAGAAUAUCAUCUGAUUACUAUACUCAAGAAGAAAUGGUUCAGUUUAAGAAGCCAAAGAAGAAGAAAUCCCUGAGGAAGAAGGAUAAGUUGGAUAUAAAUGCUCUUGAAGCAGAAGCCAUGUCCACAGGGUUAGGCACUGGUGAUCUUGGUUCUAGGAGUGACAGUAGAAGGCCGGCCAGAGAAGAACAAGAGCGAUCCGAGGCAGAAAUGAGGAAUGCAGCAUAUCAGUCAGCUUUAGCUAAAGCGGAGGAGGCAUCUAAAUCAUUACGAUUAGGACAAACAAUUCCUUCUGCUGCUGAGGAAGUUAAUGUUAUGGGUAUGGACGAGGAUGAAGAGGAUGACCUCCACAAAUCUGUUGAAAGAGCAAGAAAGUUGGCACUGAAAAAGCAAGAGAAGGCUGUAGUUGGCCCUGAAGCAAUUGCUCGUCUUGCCACCAAUAUUAAGAGCAGUCAGACAGCUGACAAGCAAAACCCUGCUACUGAUGAAUCACAAGAAGGCAAGGUUGUCUUCACUGAGAUAGAAGAGUUUGUUUGGGGACUGCAGCUUGAUGAAGAUGCCCACAAGGCUGAUGCCGAAGAUGUGUUCAAUGAUGAAGAUGUUGCAGCAGUAGCUACUCAUGAGGAGAUAGAAGAUAAGGUUGGUGCGUUGGCCGAAGUACAUGAGAUGGUUAAAGAUGAAGACACUACAAUGGAGGAUGCAAAAGAGGUAGCUCCAGAUGAGAUCAUUCAUGAAGUUCCUGUUGGUAAAGGAUUAUCAGGUGCAUUGAAGCUGCUCCAUGAGCGAGGGUCGCUGAAAGAAAGCAUUGACUGGGGUGGUAGAAAUAUGGAUAAGAAAAAAAGCAAGCUUGUUGGCAUUGUAGAUGCUGAUGACGGGAAGGAGAAGGAGAAGAAUAAAGAUAAGGAUAACGAUCGAUUUAAGGAUCUUCGUAUUGAGAGGAGAGAUGAAUUUGGGCGAAUAAUGACACCAAAAGAGGCAUUUAGGAAGAUCUCUCAUACAUUCCAUGGCAAGGCGCCCGGGAAAAUGAAGCAAGAGAAGCGGAUGAAGCAAUAUCAGGAAGAGCAGAAGCUGAAGCAAAUGAAGAAUUCAGAUACUCCUUCAUUAUCCGUGGAGAGGAUGAGGGAAGCUCAGGCGCAGCUAAGGACACCAUAUCUCGUUCUUAGUGGUCACGUGAGACCUGGGCAAACGAGUGAUCCAAGGAGUGGUUUUGCAACGGUGGAAAACGAGUUUCCAGGGGGUGGGUUGACACCAAUGCUUGGUGAUAAAAAGGUCGAGCAUUUCCUGGGGAUAAAACGCAAGCCUGAGCAUGGGGAUGACAGCACACCAAAGAAGGCCAGAACUUAAUCGAACUUCCAUCUCUUGCUAUUACAUGUCUAAAAGAGACGAACGACCCAGUUACUACCAGCCGUUUUCUCUUUGGACUUGAAAACAUGUCAUGAUUACCAGUGAAUGCUGAAAUUUCAGUUGCAACAAAAAAAUAAUGAAAAUAUUUUCGUAAAUUCUUGAAAAAUCACCCAAGAAAUUAGAAUUAAUUGAAGAAAUUUAGUUCAUACAACAAGGUUAAUACAAAGUUUCACUGUAGAAAUAACAUAUGAUUUUACAAAGUAUUAUAAUACAAUUGACUACCUAUAAUUUGUUGAGGAAAUUACACAUUCUUUUGGUAUUUAAGUUGAAAAUAAAGUUUUACAUUAAGU